UGUAUGGAAGACGAUCAGUUGGUUGAAGAGCAUGUAUGUGCUUCUCAACGCUCUCAUUUUGAGCAUAAAGAAGAAUGCAUGAACUUGAUUCAUUCCUUAACGCGUAACAAUGUACAAGUUAAAGAGGCAACAGAUGCUUUAGAACAAAUAGCGACUAUUCUUGAUUCAUAUCAAGAACAAGCUCAUUUACUUGAUCCUAGUUUAGAAUAUAUGAUACAGCCAGUCAUGAUAAGACUUCGACAAGAUAUUGAAAACAAGCAAGACAUGCAGGAAAUAACAUGCUUACUUUUUCGAUUCUUAUAUCUCUUGACAAAGACAAGAGGAUACAAAACCAUUGUGAGGUUUAUGUCGCAUGAAGUGACUGAUUUAGAGCCUGUGUUUGAGUAUCUCUCAAGCAUGGAUCCAAAAAGAACAGAUUUAUGGGAAGCAAGAUACAUUUGUUUUAUUUGGCUUUCCUUGAUCUGUAUGAUUCCUUUUGAUUUAAAGCGAAUCGAUAGUGGUGCUCAAGAUAGUCCUUUGAUUGAGAAGAUGCUGAAUGUAUGUAAGCAUUAUUUAUGCACUACGGGUAAAGAGCGUGAUGGUGCUGGUCUUUUGAUUGCUCGACUCUUGUCUCGUCAAGAUUUAUGCCAACAUUAUUUAGUGCCUUAUAUUGAAUGGGCAAAGCAAAGAUUGAGUUCCAAUGCUGAUGUAUUCGAGACAACUGGUAUUCUUCAAAGCUUAUGCAUGACUUAUCAAUUGUCGCCUCGUCAUGUAUUGUUGCCAACACUUGAUGACACGGUUAUACCUCUCUUGACAAUGGCAUUCUUUGAUUUGUAUGCCAAUAAUGCUUUAAUACGCAAGCUUCGUACCAAACUAACUCAACGUGUGGGUCUUUGUUAUCUUAAGCCAAAAGUGGCUGCCUGGAGAUACCAACGAGGCAAUCGAUCACUUAAACAAAACUUGGGGCAUAAAGAAGGAACCACAAUCUAUAUUCAGCAUACCAUGGUAGAAGAAGAAGACGAUGAUGAUGAUAUUUCUGAAAAUUUAGAAGUCAUUAUUGAAAUCUUGUUACAUGGUUUGCGUGAUAAAGACACGAUUGUUCGCUGGUCUGCUGCCAAGGGUAUUGGGCGUAUCACGCAACGUUUACCUCAAGAACUUGCUGAGGAUGUUGUGGGUUCCUUGUUGGAAUUGUUUGAAGAAAACACAUUGAUCAACAAACAGGAUGGGUCACUGAAUCUAUCUGCUGUUUCGGAUCAUACCUGGCAUGGUGCUUCAUUAGCUGUAGCUGAACUGGCUCGUCGUGGCUUGCUCUUGCCAAACCGCCUUCAAGAGACGAUGCCAUGGAUUCUUAGGGGCCUUAAAUUUGAUUUGAAGCGUGGAUCUCAUUCGAUUGGUGCUCAUGUUCGAGAUGCUUGUUGUUAUGUUUGUUGGGCUUUUGCUAGAGCCUAUGCACCUGAGAUCAUUCAGCCUUUUGUAGCUGAAAUUGCACAAAAUCUGAUUGUUGUCUCUGUCUUUGAUAGAGAAAUCAAUGUACGUCGCGCAAGUAGUGCUGCAUUUCAAGAGAAUGUAGGUCGUCAAGGCAUUUUCCCUCAUGGGAUAGACAUCAUUCAGAAGGCUGAUUAUUUCUCUUUGGGUAAUCGCAACAAUGCCUUCUUGAGCAUUGCAUUUGAUAUUGCAAGAUUUGAUGAGUACCGAUACCAUUUAAUUCAACAUUUGGUCACCAUCACUGCUAAACACUGGGACAAAGCCAUGCGAGUGUUAGCUUCAAAAGCGUUAUAUAAUCUAGUUGCCCUUGACCCCACUUAUUUUGUCCAUACGGUAUUUCCUUCUCUGAUACCCAAUGCCACCAACAAGGACAUGCAGAUAUCACAUGGUGCUCUUUUAGCUAUUGCUGAAAUUGCACUUGCCCUUUACGAAACACAACAACCUGAUAUACUUAACGCCUACCAUCAACAUACCCUUCUUUUAGAAUCCAUUAUUACCCAAUUACCUCCUAAAUCACUAACCACGUUUGGUUCUGAACACAUUCGUGAGGCAGCGUGUCACCUUGUCUCUAGUUUCUCCAAGACACAACUCAAAGUGUCUGACAAGACAUUGUCAGAUUGGAAAAAAGUAGUGCAUGGUUCAUUGGAACGUAAAGAAGAAAGCGUACAAGCAUUUGCUGUCUUUGCUUUUGGUGCCAUGGCAAAAACCUACGGAUUUAAACCAGACGAAUUAUCAUUGGCAUUGAAAAAGAUUGAUACACAACAAAUCAACUACUAUAGUCGUCGAGGAUAUGCACUUGCUUUAGGAACAAUAGACUAUACAGAAGGACUGCAUCAAGUCAUAAUUCAAUUAGCCAAAGGAUCUCAGGUUCAAGAGAACCACCAAUUGAAUGAUGCAGAAGCUAAGCGAAAUGCAGUCAUUGGAUUACACCAUAUCUUUGUUCAUUUAGGAGACAAUUUAAAAACAGCUGUUUCCCGUGAAGAUUUUGAAUAUGUGUUACAAUCUUUGAAGUCUUGUCUUACAGAUUAUAGUACAGAUCAACGAGGUGAUGUUGGUUCUUGGGUUCGUACAGCUGCUAUGGACUUGAUUGAUUACUUGUUGCCCUGUGUUUCAAGGUUAGAUGCGUCAAGUCCUGAACCUUAUUUAUCUAUGGAUCAUACUUCCAGACUUAUUGCUGCUUUACUUAAACAAAGUGUGGAGCGUAUUGAUAAAGUGAGAGCAAGUGCAGGCAAGGUUUUGUGUGAUUUGAUUCUUUCAAGUGAACAUUUAAAGUUUCCCGGUCGAGACUAUUUAAGGUCACAUAUCCAUAGGGAUUUGUCAUGGUCAACACCUUCUGACUUGUAUCCUGUGAUGGUCCAUAUCUUGGCCAUACCUGAAUAUCGAUUUGAGCUCUUGACUGGUUUAAUCGCAAGUGCUGGCGGUCUUACAGAAUCUUUAGUUCGUCACUCGAGUGCUUGUCUGAUUGAAUACAUGAACAACUUACCUGCUAAUGAACCUGCAGAUCCAUCUUUGGAAGCCAUCUUCAAAACACUCUUGGCUAUUUUUGCCAAGUAUGAAAAGCAAGACCGAGUGACUAUACCUUUAUUAGAUGUGGUUGGUCUCUUGUAUGAAUCUGGAACAUUGAUCAAAUGUACUCAAAACAACUUACAUCUUAGACUAUUUUUGCUUGUCAAGAAAGAAAACUUCAAGAGCAAAAAUGUACGUAAAUUAUUGGCUUCAAUCAAAGUCUAUAUUGGUUUGAUCUCGCUGGAGGAUACUCAGGUGAAAACAAAGGCACUUCAACAGUUAUUAUCUUAUCUUGUACAUGCAUUUCCUAGAAUUCGAAUUGAGGCAUCGGAUCAAUUAUUUACCCAACUUUCCAUGUCUGAAGAAGCCGAGGAAAGUGAGGAUAUGAUAGAAGCCAUUGAGAUUAUCACAGGAACAGAUUGGACUCAAUCUUUAGAACAAGUUAAGGAGCAAAGAGACAAACUUUAUUCUCUUCUUCAUGUACCAAAACCAGUAUUAAAGAAAUAAAACUGUCAUCGAACAACAGUAUGCCAAAAAAAAAGAGUCUUGAGUGGCUUAUACGAAAUUCAUGCCAAACUUUUCAUCCGUUUUUUUUU